GACACGGACGAGACACUCUCCGGCAGCAGCGAGGAGCCGGUGCGCGAGCGUCACCGCAUCCGCAGCUCUUAACGCGAGGAGUCCUCCCUGGCAUGGACCCCGGAGGAGAGCGCUGAACACCCAGGAACCAUGCCUACUGUCCUCGCUGGAAAAGGGAAACUUUCCAUCGGCGGGUUCCUACUCGGAUGCGCGUAUUCUCAGGUAACAAGAAGCCAACACAAAAGUUGUGCCAAAUAUAUUCUGGAGGACAUGACCCAGCAAGCCUUCGCGGGGGACCAACGAAUCCUUUACAGCUCUAAGUCAUGUGAAGCAAAACCACCGGCUGCACAACAACGGCAAAGUCGGGGGGAUGUUCAGCUGCGAAUGACCCGUCACCCUCGCGUGGCACCUCACAAAUCCAUGCUCGCUGAUGACCUGAAGCUGAGCAGUGAUGACGACGACACCCAAAGGGCAACUCAUGGGCCGGCUUCCUGGGUUGGACACAGCCUGUCAGCACAGCGAGCGCACACACAUGGCAGGCGAGUGAGACAUUCCAGCUCGGACUCUUCGGGCUCAAACUCCACCGCCGAGUCGUGCAGCAGCAGUCUUUACUCCCGGAGCCCCAGCCGGAGCCCAGACGUCCACCCCGACCCGGCAUCGCCUGCCGACACGCAGCCCCCGCGCAACAGCAAGGAGACUGAUCACCCCUCCGUGGCCCAGUGGCAGUUGGAUAAAUGGCUGAAGAAGUCCCGGAGAAAAUCUUCCAGCGGUGACCGAGUGCCCUCCGAGAGCAUUCCAGGACGUCCUCCCUCUCCCCACACCCAAAGAGCCCCAUCUCCAGCCAGGUCCUGGGACAGCAAUCAGGAAUACAGCCCUAGCCAGAGCCCUAUUCCCAGCCCACAAUUCAAUUUCAGCCACCAGACCUGCCACCUACCUAGCCCUGGUUACAGCUUCUGCCCUAGCCCCAGCCCAUUCCCCAGCACAUGCCCAAGUCCCAGCCCGAGCCCCGGGCCCAGCCCGAUACCCAGUCCGGCUCCAAGUGUUUGUCCCAGUCCGUGUGGGAGCCCGAGAGCCAGCCGUAGCCCCAGCCCUAUACCGAGAGACCCUCCAAGAAGCCCCAGUCCAGGCCCACCUGCUCUUUCCAGGGUUCGGCACUGCCCUGAGGUUCAGAGAACACAACCUAGCCUAACGAUCAAUCCCCACAGGACGAAAAACAGGUCAUGGAUUACCCCAUUGCCUAACACCGAAACCAGGAGCAAGCCUACAAACAGCACUCAUCCUCAGCCGCCUCACCAGCACAGGCCCAAGACUCGACCCGCACAGGACCGAGAGCAAAGCAAACCCAAGACUUCUACUGUUUUAAACUCUAACCAGAGUCACAGCCAUAAAUCUAGACCCACGUCGAACUUUCAUCCUAGUUCUAAACAGCUCUCUGAGGCUCCCAAACACACUUCACAUUUUGAGCAAAUCCAGAGUAGCAGAUCCAACCACAACUCCAACCACAAGCCCAGGCCUACAUUUCAAUCUAGCUCACAACUUAGCCCAAAAACAUCAAAGCACUUAGUUCCCACUAAUCGUGAAACCCACUCUGGUCAUAGUUCACGAUCCCAAUCUACCCCGAAAGUUGCAACUAAUCAUAAUACGGGGUUGAGCUCCAGAUCAAACAAUAGCCUUAAACCCAGGGCCAAGUCUUCGGAGGCUACAGCCCCAACUCCUGUGCAUGUUAAUCAUACUACAACAACACGGAAGAAACCCCAGUCCAAGGGUCAGGAGGGAGACCUCAGAGGAGAUCAUCUGACCCAAGCUGAGGGGAGGGAACACGAGAGAAAAGAGGACAGAUCUCGGAAAAAACAACAAAGGAAACCGGAGAGAAAGGUAGACAGGAGGCUGGCGGAGGAGCAGCUGCAUAGACGUCCCUGGAUCCAUAGUUCGACAGAAGAAGAGGAGGAGGAGGAGGAGGAGGAGGAGGAGGAGGGAGAGAUAGAGAAGCAGAGCAGGAGAGAGGAAACAACAAGGGUUGAAAACAGGAGAGGGAGGGACCAGCAACUUAGACGUGAAUGGCAAACCGUCCAGGUCCAACCAGGACUGCUGACCAACACUGAGCGACACCGUCAAGAAGACGACUCACACCAUCAGGGGAGGACGAAAAAGGGAGGGAGAAGUGAGGAGGAGAGAGAGUUCCCGAAAGACCCGUCGCCUCCUCCGUCACGUUCCCCGACUCCUCGCAGACCAUCCUCCUCGCCCUCGGGCUCCUCCUCUGCAAAUUCAGAUCCGGAAUCUGAAUAUCAGGCUCCGAUCACCAAAGUGCCAGCGGACUCCACGUCUUACAAGAGAGGGCGGCAAGGUCCGGGCAGGCCCGACGCCAACAGACCGAAGGUCGUGCACCCCAGAGGACCCGCCUCGGGUCAUCCAAGAGAGGAGCAGCAGAGUGAGGGGAAGCAAAAACUCUACACCCUGGUCCCAUUCGGGCGAGGUGAACAAACCACAGGGCCUUCCCGGCGAGGGCUCAGGAACCUGGUGGUGCAGAUAGACCUCUGUCUUCUCAAAAGGGUCCCGGACAGAACCCCGAGUUCCACUGUUAAGAAACCCUCCUCCUCUUCCUCCCCUUCAUCCACCAGGGACAAGCAAAGAGAGGCCAUGAAACACCUGUUUGUCCCCGAGGCUGUGACGAAAGACGGCAAAAGGAAACGCAAGUUGGAGAAUGGAGUGUCACACAGAGAAAGCAAGAGGAGUAUUCCUCAUGCAAAUGACCUGCCGGGCCACACGGAGGCCGUAUCUCACACGGCGGAGCGCAACUUUGUGACGGAGACCGUGCACAACGGGUACUUGGAGGAGUACUUGGACAGCAAGAGGCCGCUGUCGCCGCUGUCUCCUCUGUCCGACAGCCCUCGGUCCACCAAGCCUCUCCCCAAAUCGAAGACGUCAGAGCAGCACCACGUCCACAAGAGCAGAGACAAGAAUAGAGAUUCCGCUUUAAAGCCCAAGAUGGAGGUGGAAUGUGCAAAAGUGUCGAGACCGCCGUCCGAGUCCUGGGGCCUGGCGGGUCACAGGGGCGCCGUGCCGAGCAAUGAGACUCCGCACCACGCUGAGUACUACUUACAUGAAGCUAAAAGGAUGAAGCACCGUGCAGACGCAAUGGUGGAUAAGCUGGGGAAGGCUGUGAAUUACGUGGACGCCGCCCUCUCCUUUAUGGAAUGUGGGAAAGCAAUGGAGGAAGGGCCACUAGAGGCCAAGUCUCCUUAUACCAUGUACUCAGAGACAGUGGAGCUAAUUAGGUACGCAAUGAGGCUGAAGAGCCACUCCGGCCCUGGAGCGAGACAGGAAGACAAACAGCUGGCGGUUCUGUGUUUCCGAUGCCUCGCCCUCCUCUACUGGCAAAUGUUUCGGUUAAAGAAGGACCAUGCAUUUAAGUAUUCCAAAGUUCUGUUGGACUACUUUAAGAGUUCUCCCAAAGUGCCUUCUACACCACCCUGUUGGAGUGACUCUGGGAAGAGCACGGGAGGAACACCUUCUUCCCUCUCGCCCAACGCCAAACACCUCGGACGGGGUUCACAGGAGGCCAGCGCCUUCCCCUCUCUCAUCAGCAUUCCCCAACGUAUCCACCAGAUGGCAGCAAAUCACCUGAACAUUACCAACAGUGUCCUGUACAGCUACGAGUACUGGGAGGUGGCAGACAACCUCACACAGGAGAAUAAAGAGUUCUUCAACUACUUGAAUACUUUGUCUGGGCCAUUGACUCUUCACAGUAGCAUCGCUCAUGCUGUCCAAUACACCAGGCAGGCUCUUCAGUGGAUACGCAUUAGUGCCAAACUGAACUAACAAGGAGAGGAUUUACAAUAAUCUGUCUCGCUUUGAAGAGGCAAGACUCUGGAUCUCUAUGCAGCCGACAGGAGAGCGCCGAUACCUUCAGAGCUGUUGGUUGAAAUCCCGUGGAGCCCGACGAUCCUCAGAGGAUGUUGGGGUGCUCACUUUGUGCAAAGCCUUCUGAAGGAGCAGUCUUUGAACGUGUCACUGAUGAACUAUACCUGCAGCUUCUUCCUUUACCGUUGGAUUAAACUGAGGAGUCGUGUGUGCUAUGGAUUCAAAGUCUGUAAUAAUUUGCCAAAUGUCCUGCGUUGACAGAAACGGGACUUUCUUUUUUGAUACUUUGGAAGAAAUCGUUUACCCAGCAGACUUUUUCUCUCGGGCCAAAACAGAAAAAAAAAGUUCAUCAAAAUCCACUUUCUACCAAGUAGGAAACGUGUCUGCAUCUUUUCUAAUGAAGGUUUUAAUUAUAUAUAUAUAUUUUUUAAUAAAUAUCUUUUGUUUUCACUUUUACAUGUUUUUACUGUGCAAUAUUCUGUUUUUAGAAGAAAAGA